AUGUUCGAUCAUGAUACUUUCGCUAUGGAAGGCAUGAGAACUCAGCCAGCCCACUUUGAUACAUCAGAAACAGUUUAUGUUAGCGGAAUGGCAUUGCUUAAAAUGCUCAAACAUGGAAAAUCUGGAAUCCCACUUGAAGUCUGCGGUUUAAUGCUUGGACGCUUCAUUGAUGACUAUACAGUUCAUGUUGUUGAUGUAUUCCCUGUUCCAUCAACAGGAACAGGCACUGCUGUUGAAGCAAUUGAUGAAGUUUAUCAAAUAAGUAUGACAAAAAUGCUUAAAUCCGUUGGUAGACAAGAGGAUGUUAUUGGCUGGUACCAUUCUCACCCCGGAUUUGGCGUCUGGCUUUCAAAUGUCGAUAUCAACCAACAACUUUACUGGGAAAAAAUCAACCCCAGGUGUAUCGCUGUUGUCGUUGAUCCAGUACAAUCCGUUCGCGGCAAGGUAAUUAUCGGAGCCUUCCGCUGCAUCCCACAAAAUCAAAUGACCUUCCAGCCAAAUACAGAACCACGCGAAACUACAUCAUUCAUAGGAUCCCUUGAAAAGCCAUCUAUCAAGGCCCUUGUUCGCGGUCUAAACAAACUUUAUUACCAACUUCCAGUUGCAUACAAAAUGAAUACAUUCGAACAACAGAUGCUCAUGUCAUUAAAUAGACCAACUUGGGUUGCAGGAUUCGAUCUUCCAAGUUUUGUUUCUCGUGAAAAACAAGAACUUACAAAGAUAAAGAGAAUGACCGAUUGCGUCGAUAAUUACAGACAUUCUAUCAUCGAGGAAGAAUCCCUUACAUCUUCCGAGUACGAAACUAGACACGUCGGCAAAGUCGAUCCAAAACAAUAUAUUAAGGAGAAUGCUGAAGAGAUUUCUGAGAAAGAGGCUUCACAACUUAUUCGCUUGUCUAUAGAUGGAACAGCGUUUUAA